AUGGAACGCCAGACACUGUUUGUGACUACACAUGAAAAAAUACGUGUGACGGCUGCAGUGGUGUUUCCUUUGGAGCGAAGCAGCGGUGAGCUGGUGGUGCGAGACAUGCAUCUCUCCCCUGAUGAGGAGCUGCGGAGCCUCCUUUACGUCGGAUGCUCUGACGGCAACUUGCAUGUGUGCCGCACUGUUACGUGCCUUGACCAGGAGGGGGUACGAUACGACGUGAGAACAACCUUUUUGCAGAAAAAGUCACUUUCAACAACACACGACAAUGACAUCGAGGGCAAGAAGGACACCAAUCGCAUCUCCCACGGUAUUACGUUUCUUAACGUAAAUAGCAGGUUGUCCGUGCCACAGCUGCUAGUCUUGGUGGAUGGAUCUCUUGACGCCCUUCACUGUGAGAACCUGGAUAGUACAGGGCUGUUUCGGCAGCUCACUCUCCCUUCCGGUGCCGCAAGUGUCUGUUGUGUGGCCCGAGGCCAGGAUCACGCAUUACAUCCUGCACAGCGUCUCGCCCUACUUAUCGGGAGGUGGAUUGCUCUCGUAGAGUACGUGGAUCGAAGGUCAUGGAUUUUUCAAAACAGGACUGAGGCAAAAGAAACCGUUGCCGCGGAAUCUCUGUGUAUCCUGGCGCCAGAACACACACAAGUCAUGGCGUGGCAAUGCGACUUUAUCGUUACAGGUAGUUUAAAAGAGUACUGCGUGUUUGAUGUAAAUACUCGUCGCCUGCGGCAAAGAAUGGAGAUGGUGGAGAGCGUCUCGCAAGGUCCUCUCUGCCGGUAUGUGAAUGGUUUCGGAGACAGCUCCUACAUCGUCAUUCGAGUCGGUGAUGACCAGCUUACCUUGUUUGAUGCCACGACGGAGACGGACCUUGAAACAGCGACGCCGGUUCAGAUGUCAGAAGCCGUCGUUGAUGUGGCGUGGGCGCCGCCCUUUUUUGUUGGUGUCAAGGCGGACGGAGGGGUGUUGAUGCGGUCGUGGUUAGACGAUGAGGAAGAGUUUCCCUGCAUCAAUGCCUCCUCCUCCGUUUCCUCGACCUCCGGGUUUGACGGGACCCCGCAGCAGAUACACUCCAUGCCUCUGGGCCUCUACGGCGUAUGUAGUUGCAGCGUGCAGCUCCUUCUACUGAUGCCAAGGAAGACUAUAGUGGCACUCUACAUCAAUGCCGGUUUCUAUGAGCGUGCGUUGCGCUACGUCGAUUACAUCCAAAGUGCAGAGAAGGAUACACAACUGCAGCACGUCUAUAACGUCUGUGCACACCAUGCAUUGUUGGGCAGGCGGUACACCGAGGCGUUUUACUAUUUUGAAUUGGCGUCAACGCCCACACUGGAGUUGUUGGAACUUGUGCCGGAGCUGCGACUCCCGUCGAAGGCCAACGAUGCAUUGAAUGCCACAGUCUCGCUGACGUGGAGUAGUGGUGAGGCCUAUCAUGAAUUGUAUGAACUGCUUUCGCGCCGUCGCUUUUCCGGGUUGGGCAGCCACACAGAAGAGCAGCGUGCGGUUGAAUUCGCCAUUUUUCUUCUUUAUGUACUCGAAUGUGUGCCGUACACGGACGAUGAGUUGGCUGAUAUGUUUCUCUUCUCCUCGACUCUGGACCCUCACGAAUGUUUACGAUACGUGUCUGAGGAUGGCAUACGACCUAAACCGAUGAUUCUUCCAUUGGUACUUGCCUGUGACGGGAGGUUUUCGGAGGCGCUGGAAUGCUGUCAAGCACAGCGUCUUGUACAUGAGGCUGCCGUUGUGCUGCAAAUGAGCGGCGACGAAGCGCUGUACGUGCAGUACUUUCCCUGGAUGCUGAGUGCAGAUAUCAGCUCUGCACUGUUGGCAGUGCUGCGUCCGCAUCGGCAACCGUCGUCGGUUUCAACUAUUCUCCCGAUGCUGCUUGGGUACGGUGGUUACCCGCUGCACGAUUAUCUACACUACCUUAUUUUUGUGGAGGGGAACACACAGAAGGAGUUGCACACGCUCUACGCCACAAAUCUUGUUGACAUCAUCCGCAGUCUGCAGUCAUUCGGUGUGGAGGGUUUGAAGGCACCUGCUGCCAAACUACGGGCGGGUGAGGAGUCUGGGAUACGAGGGGCGGCACGUCGGGCGCUGCUGACGUUCCUUCAGCUUAGCCCUCACUACGAAGUGGAUGUGGUGCUUGCUUUACUGUACGGUGCAGACUUGGUCGAGGAGCAGGUGCUGGCGAUGGAGCAGGCUGGCGACCAUAUUGGGGCGCUGACAAAGCUUGUGUACGAGCUAACAGACGUCGCCGCCGCCGUGCGGUAUUGCGAAGAGCAGCAUGCACGCGAGCUGCUGCGUCGGAGUCGUUUCGCAUUACAAGGAGAGGUCAAUAACAACGAGAUUAGUGGCCCUGCGCUGUUGUCCAUCUGUGACGCGUCUUCAGAAGCGACGUGCGCUGGAAGGGAUGACUCCGUGUGGCUCGCGGGGAACAGCUACGCGGUUCAGGGAGGUCAUACCUUCAAUGAGUACUUCAACAUCCUCUUGCACGUGCUUUUGGUUCCUCCAGCUGGUAAGGAUAGGCUGCUCUCGGAGGCGUUUUUGGUUCUCAAUGAGCACUCUCGCCGCAUUAACCCGCUCUCGGUUAUGGCCACACUACCGAGUGAGGUUUGCGUGGGGGAGAUAUCGUCUUAUCUCCUGCGGGCGUUUCAGACGCUGUGCAGCCAAGUUCAGAUGGCGGCGAUCAACGCCAACUCGGUGGCCUCCAUGGUCGCUGAUGGGCAACGGCGUCAUGCCUUGCUUGCCCAGCGGUGUGUGUACGUGGAUGAGAAGCGGCUUUGUGCCGUCUGUGGCACACCCCUCGGGGUGGGAGUGAUGGCAGUCUUUCCGAAUUUGAAGGCGGUACACUUUCGCUGCUUCCACGCUCAAGAACUGGAUCCGGAGCGGGGCGUACCUUUUCGCCCGGACCCGUGA